AAGUGGGAGAGUCUAAUUACAGGGAAGGGAAAGCAGUAAAAUAAGUUAGGCUGCUGUGCACUCACUCAGCUACUUGUGCUCUGUUACAGCAGGGUGUUACCUGGGGUUCUGCAAACUUGCUGCAAAGAUGUCACGGGUGAAAAUUCCAGCAGAAGAGAAAGAGAUGGAUGAGGCAAUGCGCUCCUUUGCAGAGAAGGUCUUUGCCUCUGAGGUGAAAGAUGAGGCGAUCAGGCAAGAGAUCUCUCCUUUUGAUGUGGAAGAGAUCUGCCCCAUCUCGCGCCACGAGAUGAGAACGCAUAUGAUGCUUCAGGAGAGUUCCUCCACAGCAGAAAAGCGGAAGAAGCGCAUGCUCCGCCUGAAGACAAUUGCACUGGCACUCCCUGUUGCUCAGAAGUCUAUAACCAGACUGUCCGCUAUUGAUGAGGUCAUCUCUACCUCCCCCCUGUACCAAACAGUGCCUGACUUCCAGAGGGUACAGAUCACAGGGGAUUAUGCCUCUGGGGUGACAGUUGAAGAUUUUGAAGUUGUCUGCAAAGGCCUGUACCGUGCCUUGUGCAUUCGGGAGAAAUACAUGCAGAAGUCUGUGCAGAGAUUCCCCAGGACCCCAUCUCAGUACCUGCGUGCUAUUGAAGGUGAUGUCUGGAGGGCAACUGAUGCUGGCCCAGUGUUCACUCCGCCAGUGAAGGAUGGACAAGAUCCCUUUGAAACUGGGAAUCUCCCUGAGGACCUGGGAUACCAUGUCGAGAUGAAGGAUGGGGUAGUUUACAUCUAUGGUGACAAGGCAGCAGUUGGAAGAAAGGAGCCAAAGGACCUGCCCUACCCCUGCCUGGAGCACUUUGUUGAUGACAUGAACUUCCUCUUGGCCCUGAUUGCACAGGGGCCUGUUAAGACCUAUGCUCAUCGACGCCUGAAGUUCCUCUCAUCCAAGUUCCAGGUGCACGAAAUGCUAAAUGAGAUGGAGGAGAUGAAAGAGCUGAAGAACAACCCCCACCGUGAUUUCUACAACUGCCGGAAGGUGGACACACACAUCCAUGCUGCAGCCUGCAUGAACCAGAAACACCUUCUGCGUUUUAUCAAGAAAUCUUACCGUGUGGAUGCUGACCGUGUAGUUUAUGACUCCAAGGGCAAACAGCUCACCCUGAAAGAGCUUUUCCAGAAGCUCAAUCUGCACCCGUAUGACCUGACAGUGGAUUCCCUGGACGUCCAUGCAGGGCGGCAGACGUUUCAGCGCUUUGACAAGUUCAAUGCCAAGUACAACCCUGUGGGUGCCAGCGAGCUGCGUGAUCUCUAUCUGAAGACGGAAAAUGCUAUCAAUGGCGAGUACUUUGCUACCAUCAUCAAGGAGGUUGGCUCUGAUCUGGAGGAUGCCAAGUACCAGUAUGCGGAGCCUCGCCUCUCAAUCUAUGGGCGAUCAGCUGAGGAGUGGCACAAGCUAGCCAGCUGGUUCAACAGGCAUCGGGUCUAUUCCCCCAAUAUGAAAUGGAUGAUCCAAGUACCUAGGAUUUAUGAUGUGUUCAGAUCUCAGAAUUUCCUCCCACACUUUGGGAAGAUGUUGGAAAAUAUCUUUGUUCCUGUGUUUGAGGCAACUGUCAAUCCUCAAACCCACAGGGAGCUGAGUGUCUUUCUACGCCAUAUCACUGGAUUUGACAGCGUGGAUGAUGAAUCCAAGCACAGCGGACAUAUGUUCUCCACUAAAAGUCCAAAGCCAGAGCAGUGGACUUCUGAGAAGAACCCAUCCUAUACCUACUAUAUAUACUAUAUGUAUGCCAACAUCCUGGUGCUCAACAACCUACGCAGGCAGCGUGGUAUGAACACGUUCCUCUUCCGUCCACACUGUGGGGAAGCUGGGGCCAUCACACAUCUGCUUGCAGCCUUCAUGACAGCAGACAACAUCUCCCAUGGUCUCAACCUCAAGAAGAGUCCAGUGUUGCAGUAUCUAUACUUCCUUGCCCAAAUUCCCAUUGCUAUGUCCCCGCUCAGCAACAACAGUCUCUUCCUGGAAUAUGCUAAGAAUCCAUUGCCUGACUUCCACCAGAAGGGCCUCAUGGUGUCCCUUUCUACAGAUGACCCCAUGCAGUUUCAUUUUACCAAGGAGCCCUUGAUGGAGGAGUAUGCUAUCGCUGCCCAGGUCUUCAAGCUCAGCACCUGUGACAUGUGUGAGAUCGCCAGGAACAGUGUCCUGCAGUGCAGCCUGUCCCAUGAGGAGAAAGCCAAGUUCCUGGGUGAGAACUACCAGGAGGAGGGGCCCCAAGGCAACGACAUCCGGAAGACGAACGUGGCUCAGAUCCGCAUGGCCUACCGCUACGAGACCUGGUGCUACGAGCUCAACCUCAUCGCCGAGGGCCUGAAAGCCGAGUAGGAGCACGGACAGACGGCGGCAGGCCGCGGCGGAAGGGCCUCGGGGCCGGGCCCCCUGCGGCCAGCGGCGGGACUUGGGGUGCGGACAGGGCCGCGGGAGCUCAGCGGCAGCCGCCGGCCAUUAAACGGCGUCUGCCAGCAGCUGGA